AUCCUUCCAGUUGACUUCUCUCGCUUGCUAGGCUCUUGGUCAUUUAACGACCCGAUAUUGUUAAGAAAGGGUUAGGCGCUUGUUCUAGUAGAAAUGGCUGCGUUUUCGCUGGGUUUGGUACUAUGUCUCGCCCUCUUUAACCUUUGUCAAGCAGAAGACUCCCCCACGCAAGAACUAAGAGAGACGCUUGCUAGCGUGCCACUGAAAAGUACACUACAGGCUACCGUGGAUGGAGUUGAUUCUCUGGCUAAGGAUAACAUUAAAGCGUGCAAGGCGUCGGCCUGUAAGCAAGCCGAUAAAGACUUCGAGAGGAAAAAGACUCUAGCGCUGGCCACGGCUAAUGACAUCGACGAGAUCUCUAUAGCAGGAAAUAAUUUGAAAGAAAAGCUCGAAAAUGGAAUGGAAAGCGUUGUGAAUAUGUGGGAGAAGGUCGAGAAGAUCUCUGUCCGAUUAAACAAUGCGCUGAAGGCGCUGGCACCCAAUUACCUCGACCGCAUGCGCCAGGCCUCGGCCAAACUUGGGAAUGAAACGCGAGCAAAAAUCAAAACAUGGAGCGUGUCAGGAGCCAAGUCGGAAUUUAAGAAAGUCGGCGCAGAAGGCCUAGAUAAAGCUAUCUCCGCAUUGUCUUCAUCUCUUCAGGGCCCUGUCAUUGACUCCGCCAAGAAGCUUUUUACUGCAAGCCAGCUUCACUCAGCUUUCCAAAAGUCAUCUGUGGAAUCCCAGAUGAUAAGCGAUGUGGAUGUGAAAGAUGUUUUAGGGAUGACUGAAGAUGUUUUGAAGAAGGAUAUGAGGGACUCUGCUGUCGCCAAGUAUUUCGCUUGGACCAGUGGGACGGAUGAAGCGUACGCAUAUAUGGAUCUUUCCAAGGAAUUCCUGGACGUUGUAGCAGAAGCUGUGGACGGUUUCAACGAGCUUUCUGCAACUACGUCUGAUAGUGAGUUGGCCAGUAAGGCUCAAGCAGCGGUUCAAAAGUUUGAUAGCGCUAUGGAGAAAGAGAAGGAAUCCAAGGCCAUGAUAGAGGCAUUCAAAGCAAAAGUCGAAACUUACUUUAACGGCCAGUACCAGAAAUUGGCACGAAGCAAGAAUUUGAAACAGGCUGUUACGGCUGUGCUGUCGGUUGUGCAGGGUUUGUCUGGCGACGUUUCCUCCGCCGCGUCCAAGAUUAACAACUAUGUGAAUGGCAUAGGUGGCGCUAGUGACCCAGCCGCAAUGGAAUCACUGCUUGCAGGCGCAGCCGAGGGUCUGGAGACCAUCGACAGCGCGCUUGACUGUUACGAGAGAGCAUUUAAGAUGGUGGGACAAGCCAUUGCCAAAUGUAAAGCUGGCGGUAAUAAUAUCAAUCACAUAUAUACUACGGUGCUCAGUGAGGCAGCCAUGGAUGAUGCCAAUUGUCAGGCUGUUGUUGGACUGGGUGUGCCUUCCAAGAACGACGUUAAGGGUAUUGUCAGUAAAGCCGCUGGUUCCCUCGGCUUUAACAGCAAUUGUGAGGCUAACCGCCGUGACCAGGCCAGUGACGCAGGGGCUGGUGACAUCGAGGGAGAGGAAUCGACUCUGUCUUCUUCCCAGAAGAUGACCGUGUGUAAUCUGAGAGACAAGCAUAGCAAGACAAACGCCCAGAUUAGAGAUCUCAUGGAGGUGCUGGAGUCUCAGAUCGCGCUAGUCAAGUGCGACGGUGAAGGCAACAUUGCAUGAAUGAGUUAAACUGAUAAUGGUUCUGUGUGUGUAUUAAAUACAGAGGAACAGAUCUGUAAUCGCUUAAAUUACAUAAAAAAUAAAGCAGCAAACUAUGA